CUCUUUAAAUAAAUAAAUUCCCAAUUCUUUUCUUCUCUAUUUCCAAAAUUAGGGUUUCUCAUUCUUCAUUAUCGUCAUGGAUGCAGCGGAACACCACAAUCCCCAACCACCUUUCUUCGAUCAAAUCCUCCCUCCACGUCUCGAAGACGCCGGCCUCGAGGAUCCUGCCCUUCCUCCCGAUUCCAUUCGCGAAGCCUUCUUCAAGGCCGCUUCCGCCGUCAAAUCCAGGGCCACCGCCCUUCUUUCUCCCUCCGACGACGAUGAAGAUGACUCAUGGUCCCCUACUUCCACACUACCAACCGAUAUCGUCACCGGAAUCUUGCCGGACGAGGACGCUCCGGCGAUACGCGCGACGAGGAAGGGAUUGAAAUUGCCCGAAUUUGGUAAAGACGAGGUGGUUAUUGGGGGAAUGGAGGAAAGGAGAGGGAAGGCUUGUGUGGUAGAUGGAUUGGAAGGGUUGGAGAUUGGCGAUGAAGCCGAGAAGGAGAAGAAGAGCGGCAAAGAGGAGGAGAAACCUAUCUUAGGUGAAGGUUUUGCUUGAAAUUGUGUAGAUGAAUUUAGGUCAAAACUAGAACGGGGGUGGGUUGGUGCUUGAAAAUUUCUUGUUUUCACGUUGUUUGUGAAUAGAGAUGAGUUAUUGAUUUUGUUUUUCCGAUCA